AUGCGCCUUAAUCCGCCGUCGCGAGCACAGGUCUCAAGACCGUCCUUUCGAAAGCGUGGCCUCAAGUGUACGACCAGCAACAGCAAGACACGGGGUCUACAACACGCGUCCAGGAACCAUAGGAACGUCUGCACUCCCAUCGCCACGCCCCGGACAGCCAGCAUCUUGCAUGAACUCGAGGUACAGCGCGUUGCCGCGCUCCAUGCGGUGCAUCUCCGCUCGACGUUGCAAGGCCCGGGUGAAGCUGAGCCGAUCGACGAAGGAGAGGUUAUCUGGAUCUUAGACGAGUGCAGCCUAAUUCGACACCGUUUUCGGGCUCUCAUCUGCGACGCGGCACUGUUCCCGUCUUUCGGUGUCAUCAGAAGGCUCGGCAUCGACAUCCCUCUUAGUCCCCGACUACGCGGGUACGGGCCAUGCCACUUUCACCGUCGCUCAGUCUCCUCCUCUCCCCCGAAGAAGCGUCCGCGGGUCACGUCUCCGCGUCCUACGAGCCCCGCACCUCCGCCAUUGGACAUUCCCCCUCCACCUCCCCCUCCCCUGCCAUCGGCUACGGGACAGGACAAGACAGACAAGUCGAAGGGUCGCACGAUUAAGAACGGGAUCUCCAAGGUCUUGGACAAAUGGAUACCUCAUUUCAAAGACAUCCUCGAGGACAUUCUCGCUUCUGAGUCCCCACUCCAAUGUCAAGACUGUAUUGUCGACGGACACCGUCUGAAUCCGCUCCAUUGGGUCGAGGAGUGGAACGGCCGCUACCUGGAGAAGAAGGAUCUGUCCGAUCUCGGGUUCGAGAUGCACCUCGGCCAUGGCGGCUCUCCUUGCAGGUGCGCACCGGCGGUCGCUCACCCCAUCACGUACACCGUCACGCACCAUAACGGCGUGCACCGCGUCCGCAUCCACGAAUGUCAUUGUCCGAACAGGCGGCGCACUGUCUCGCAGCUCCUUCGGAUAGGCCUGUUUCCUGCGACGCUGGAGCGCCCAGAGAGCGCGUUCACCUUCGACGUUCUUCGGCAAUGGGACCUGCAUUUCCUGACGUCGAAGAAGGGCGCCUACGACUACUUUCAAGCACUGCGUCGACUUACGGACAAUUCAGGGACGCGGACGGUCAAGAAUCGAUAUCGCGAGAUGAACGUUGUAGGACGAGUGUGGCAGCAUUUGACCGCGCAGAAACGAGCUGGGCUGCACCACGGCCUAGCCCUCCCCAACCGACCUGCGUCCGUUACUGUACCUUGUGUUGCUUGUCCGUGGCCGGGCUUCAACAUGCCCGACAACUGGAAAAGCACCCCGACGGAGUUAGCAUACAUACACGCUUGCGAACUGGGUGGGGACGGCAACCACGGACUGCAGAAGAAGCGGAAGCGAGAUGACCCCGACGAUGUGAGCCUUUCCGAAGGCGAAGGAUACUUUGUGCAUCCCGCGAAGAUGCAGAGCUAUCUGGAGGCGAUCGACUCUGAACCUGCACCGGAGACCUGCAGUGGUUUCAAGGUUGGAAGGGCACAGCGGCCGGGCAAGUUUCGUAACUUGGAGGUCAGUGGCGUGGUCGCCGUCAUUUGCAUCCGUCAUGGGUGUUUUCGUCCAGGCGCGAUGGUCGACUUGCAGAAGGGUGAAAGGUACGGUCAUAUGGACUUUGCCUUAGCUGGAGCACUCGAAGGGCUGCAAGAACUGCAACACUUUAUCUUCACGUACGACGUCGCGUGUAUUUAUGGCAAGAACCUGCACCAACGCUUCGCCUCCCGGUUCCCGCAUCUCGUCCCGCUGCUCGAUCGUAUGCAGCUCCUCCUUCCGAAACUGCACAUGCUCGCGCACAAAGAGCUGUGUCAGAUUCUCUUCGCGCUCUGUUAUACGUGGGGUGCAGGCCUCUCCCACGGCGAGAGCGUCGAACACCCGUGGGCGGAACACAAUCAGGUCGGUCUUAGUACGCGCGAGAUGAGUGUCGGGCAUCGCCACGACGCUCUCAAUGCUGUUCACAACCACUGGAAUUGGUGCAAAGUGGAAGGUACAGCUUCGUUUCUCGCGAGGAAACUUAAAGAAGCCUUCGCAUUGCAGGACCAGAAGAAGAACCUCUACGAAGCCCUCACCAAGGUCGCUGGCGACAAAGUGGAAGAAUGGAAGGCGAUGAAGGGCGACAUGGGUCCCCCGGCCGCUGAUGGCUUCGCGGGAGGUAGUAGUGGCGUGCCGGAGACUCGGAGGAAGUCGAAAGCCAAAGCCAAAGCCAAAGCCAAGACCAAGGCCAAGGCCAAGGGACGCAAGGCGUCCUCGACGACUGCCGACGCGUUACAGAGUGUGUACAUGUUGGAUGAAAGUAAAGUGCCGAGUGCCGGGAGGGCCUACGAAGAACUCGCGAAGCUCGAGAUCAGCCCUAGAGCUGACUUCACCACAGCUGCUGCUCAUCAAGUCCCGUCCGGAACGGUGAACUUCUUCAGAAAGGGUCUUGAGCUUGAGACACGACAAUAUGAAGUGCGGGCCAAGCUCAAGAAAGUGCGCGGCGGCGGCACUGCCGAUACUCUUGAGAUUGACGAGACGGACGCCGGUGUCGCCGCUGAGCGGCGUACUCUGCGGCGUGAACUCGAGAGGUGGCGCGACCUCCAGGCCUCCGUCAUGCCUGAUAUGGACUUACCCGAGGUCGACGUCGACGAACCAGAGGAAGAUGACGACGAAGAUUGCGGGUCGCCGGAAGACGAACCCUUGGUCGUGCCUUCUGACUUCUCCACCGCGGAGCGGAAAGACCUUGGGCUUGACGCGCUCGCUGUAUUCGAACGGCGCAUCCGGCUGGGCCACGCGUAUGAUCUGCUGAACGCAGUGAAGAUGUCGGUGAAUCACCAGGGUGCGUUCCUGUCCGACAAGCGCAAGCACGCACGUGGUCAGAAGGACAACACCCGGUCGCAAAAGCAGGUCUCCACUGCCGCCGCACGAACGCGAGUCCUGGCUGGGUUGUACAACUACAACCGCGACCGCCUCCUGGCCCUGAGCGACUCCACCCCCUCCGACAUCCUCAAAGCAAUCAAUAUGGAGCAAGACCUCAAGAGCAAGAACUGGCGUAAGCCGCGCGAACAGGGCGACAGCCGCGAGGAACAGUCGUGGAUUUGGACUGUCGUUCCACCUUGGACGAGCAAGACCGACGCAGAUGCUUGGCAAUCAGAAGUCGAUCGCGUGCAGUGGUUCCGAGCUCGGGCGGACCUGGCACGAGUGAAUGAAGAGAUCAACAAGCUGCAUGCUGAGUUCAAGCGCACGAUACUCGGUUUCAAGAACCUGGGCCUGGCAUGGAACUCUCUGGCUUUGAACACGGAGCUAUCUGAGGGGGCUCGCGCGUAUGCAAGAAGGAAAGCGGACAUGUACCAGAGGCUGAGUGAUCAGUGCUCUGAGACGUUCGCCAAGGCGCGCAGGGAUCCCGAGGAGAAGUGGGAUUACUCCGAGAUCACGAACCAGGGCGACUCGGAGACUGCUGAAGUCCGUGGCCACACGGAGGGCCCACAGCAGGACGAGCCGGGACGAGGCGUUGGGGCGUCUGGGCGGAGAUGA